AUGUACCUUCCAGCAGCGCGCCAUUUUGAGAUCUCGGAGCAGACGCGAUCGCUGCUAAAGCACGCUGCGUCUACGACCUCCGUCAGCUCCGAGAAGGUCGUGUCUGAAGAUGGAAAGAAGCUCAAACCAUCGGCAGUGCUGGAGCAUGCAAAAGAAGCUCGAAGGCGAAUCCGCGAAAUGUGGUCCAGCUUCGAGGUUGGGGAACGGCAGAUUGGCACAAAGCGCAUCUUCGACAUUGAGCAGGAUGACUGGCUAGAGGAAAGGAUCUUGGUGGAGAUCGAUGCGAAAUCCUUCGGCCAGGGUGCGAUCCGAGAAUGCUUUCGCAUGAAGGAGGUCAACAUGCAGGAGCGCAGCGUCCCACAGUCGCCGAACCCGGACCAGGAGGUGGUGAGCUUCGGCGAUAUCUCACCGAGCGCUCGGUCCGUCGGCUCAGACGAGGGCUCCGAAGGCGGCUUUUUCCUGGUCGCCAACAGCUUGCUCGAGAUGCGACAUUCAGAGAGAAGGCGGCUUUACGUCGCAAAACGGUCGAUGCAAGACUUUCAGGACCUGGACCAGCACCGACACGAUUGCAGUGUCGACGUGAUGCACCAAGCCAUGGCCAAGCAUUAUGCAGAGCUCUACAACCAGAGCCUCAGGACGAAGCUCCAGGGAGACAGUGGCCAUUUCCCGCAUCUGAUCGACUUUCUUCUGACUCACAUGAUAGAGCUGGAAGACGGCCGGACCUUUGGCGCAGAGGCAUUCCUUUUCGGCAACUACAUCAAGCACAACAACAACUCUGGAGGCACCAUGGGUGCGAAGAAGACACCGCAGACGUUCAGCUAUUUCACGUUUGUGAAGUCUGGCAGGAGUUUGAUGGUAGUGGAUAUCCAGGGCAUCGAUGACAUUUAUACCGAUCCCGUGAUCCAUUUCUUGCCGUGUCAUGCUUCCGGAUCUUUCAGGAAGGCAGACAGUUCAGUGAAUCUGGGUAUUCGUGGCUUUGCCCUCUUUUUGUGGAGCCACCGGUACAAUGACGUGGAUCGCACACUUGGGUUGCCAGUGUUUGCCCUGGCACGCUCCGAGCUGGAAACGCCGGUGCCGGAGCAGGGGACCUGCAUCCGAGAUCUGAACGCUGGGGUUGGGGUGUGGGAUCUUACGUCGCGUAGUGGCCACGGCAACAGCAACGUUGGGUCCUCAGACAAAGUGCUGCUGAGCUCCGCGCCCGAUCUCGAUCUUCGCGCCUCCAGCUGGGACUUGAGUUUCAAUCGUCCGAAGUCCUCUGUCGCCCUUCCCCUUGAUCUGGUCGAAGCUGCAUGCCACAUGGAAAUCGCCGCUAUGUAUCAUGAAGGCAGGCUUUCCCCAAAUGCUGCAUCACUCCGGACGCGUGCAGAACUCGAGGCGGCUAUCUUUCACACUGCCGAGGCUGCGAAGCAGGGUCUUCCCGAAGCCCUCCUGGCCUUGGCGAGGUUGGCUUCUGACAUGGACCAUUCGGAUUUCCUUCCACAAGUCUCUAGCACGGAUGCAGAGAGGCCUCUGUGCUUGGCUUUGUUGAAGACAGCUUCUAAUCUAGGAGUGCUUGCAGCACAUGGAGCAGUAGCACGUUUAUUGGUCGACGGAGUGUAUUCAGACAAGACUGAGGAGGCUUUGCUAGUGGCAGCAAACUGUCUCGAGAAGUAUGCAAGCGAUGCAUCUGAAACAGGGACAGUACCGCCGGAGCCACUGAAGCACGAGGUUUGUUGCCGGCAUGGGUGCUCAUUUGGAUGGGAUGCACAUGGAUGGGAGCCGCACAGUGCAUAUGCUCGUGCUGCCGAGCUUUACGAACACGAGCUAAGAUCUCGGCCUGGAUCUUGGGCAAAGUCCCGAGAGCUUUGGUCCCUGGCCGCAGAGUGCGCUCUCGAAGAUCCGAGAUUGGCGAAGCAGGCUAUGCGGUACACAGAGAAAGCGGAGCAGGAAGAGCUAGAAGAAGCUCCUGCACCUUGCGACGAAGCUGACAGACAGGACGCUUUGGUGCUCCGUCUGCAAGGCGAUCUACAAGAGCGCUUCCAGAAAUUCGCAGCAGCUUUCACUUCCGCAGAGGACGCCUUGGAACGCUUGCUUCAAUUGGCAGAGUUGGCAGCCAAUACGGCUGCACCAGACGCGUCUGAAGACUUGCCGACCGCUCCUCUAAAGGAUGCGGGGGGGUCGUCGGCUGCUCCGCUGAAAGAGGCGGAGGUAGAUGAAGAUAUCUGGGCCUUGUUAGGGUGA